AUGGAGACGGCCUUUGCAGCUGCAGUCCGCCACGUCGGCCAGUGGAGUCAGGCCCGCGGGCCCAUCUCCGCCGCCGUCCUCUCCCUGCGGCGCGUCGGAUGGCAGUGCGACCAGCUGGGCAAGUGGACCUCCGACGCUGGCGACGUCCACUGCAUCGGCGACACCAGCCCGUGGCUGACCAAGAAGCUACUCCGGCGCAGCUGCGAGGACUGGCAGGCACGCCAGCUGAGCGAGCACGACGCCCCAUGGCUGGCCGUCGGCAUCAACUUCGGGCAGCUGCGGAAGUGGGUCGACCGAGGGCGGCCCUCCUCGAAGGUGGGCAGGAGCUGGCCCACCGCCACCAACGAGGAGCGCGGCUACCUCAGGUCGCGCAUCGUGAACGGCCAGUGGACCAACGUCAGGAAGUUCGGCAACAACCCGAGGCAUCUCGAGUGCCAGGCCCUCACUCGUCUACCUUAUGGAGUCGCGCUGCCGCGGGAGAUGGCGAUCCUGCUGGCGCAGCGCGACAACCAGGUGAUCAGGAUGCUCGUCGAGAGGCUGCUCUUCCCGUCCCCUUGUCUGCAGUGGCGGCCGCCCGCAGGCGGCCUCCUGGACCAUCUGCGCCGGUGCUGCGGCGAGCCAGGCGAGCCUUUCUGCGGCCAGCCCCUCUACUGCGACGGCGCCCUGCACGGCGCCGCGCUCGCUGGUGGGCGAGGCGCCCAAGGCGCAGCGGCGGUGGUCGAGCUGCCGCCCGUCAGCGACAGCACCGACCCAGGGCCCGGCAGCAGGACCAAGGCGCUUGGGUCGCCGCUCGUCGGCCCGUGGCAGAGCAUAGAGGGCGCGGAGCUGCUGUCGGUGCUCAUCGUGCUGCGGCACUCCAUCCCGCCCAUCAUCCUGCACUGCGACGCCAGCUUCGUGGUGGACGGCCUCAACCUUCGCGGGGCCGAGCGUGCCACCCUCGCAUCCUCCGCGCGGGGGCACAUGUGGCGGCUGGCGCGGGCGGCCCUCGACGACUUCGGCGGCCUCUCGGACCGCGGCCUCACGGUGGUCAAGGUGCCUGGCCACGCGUCCCUUCGGCAAGUUCGGGAGGGCGCCAUCGCGCUCAAGCAGAGGCGCGGCAACUUCGAGGCGGACCUCGUGGCAGGAGGUAUCGCCGCGGCGCUUGGCCCCCCUCCCGAGGCAAGUUUGAGGUGCAAGCAGGCUGCCGUCAUGGUGGACGGUGUUGCGCGCUGGCUAGCCAAGGCCGGCACGCCAGCGGGGGCCGCCAGGGACGACAGCGCUCAGGGCUACGUGCAGCGCGACUUCGGCAACCGCAUCGGCAUCAGCCUCACGAGCCACUUCUUCGCGACGCAGGCCGACGGCUCGUGGCGCUGCCGGGCGUGCCUCAAGACGGCUCGCACCGAGAAGUCCAAGCAGAUGCUCUCCAGGGCCCCGUGCAAGCCCAAGGCGGUGGCCUCGGGGGCCAGGCGGGCCCCCGCCUCCAGCGCUGCUGCGGGGGCUGCGUUGGCGGCAGCCACCGUCACGGCUGCCGCUGCUGGAGGGCGCGGAGGAGGUGGAAGCGCCGAGAGCGGCGGCGGCGACACCAGCAGCACCGCAGCCGCGAGCGGCCCCGCCCGCCGAGAGCAUCGCAGGCCUCGUGGGCCCCCCGCGGGCUCCAGUGUGAGGCCCGCCGCAGUGGAGCCCCAGCCAUGUAGUGCCGAGGACCUCCUCAUGGCUGCAAGGAGGGAGCGCAGGGCAGACCGCGGCGACAGGUCGCGGUCCCCUCGUGAGCGCGCCGAGCGCGGCGCAGCCAGUGCGGUUUUGGCUCCCGCCGAAGGGUCUGCCGAGGCAGCGGCUCCAUCGGCCCCCGCCGUUUCGCCAGCUCUUUCCUCUGCGCACGACGGGCUCGGGCAUGUGAUGCAGCGGUGCCACGGCUACGUCGUUUGCAAUAGGUGCAAUGCGCACGCGCGUGAGCGCCUUGGCUCCUUCAAGGCGCUCUCGAGCAUGUGCGUCCCAGGCGAUGGAGAUGCAGGCCGCAUCCGCCGCCUCAGGGGCGACAGAAUUCGCAGAGGGGUGCACCCGAUCAGUGGUGCGCGCCUCCCCGACGCUGCAGCUGGAGAGGUGGCUGGCCUCUCGAGCUCGGUGGCCUCAGCGUAG